UUUUAUGUCUGCGUCACACCGAGUGGCUCGGAGCAGCGCCGGGAGGCGGGGAUCAUGGCGUCUCCGGCGGCUUGACUCUCGGCGUCUGCGGGCGAUCGGGCUCGUCGCCGUGCGGGGGAGCGAGACACAGCCGCGAGCGGAGGGGAACCGAGGGGAACGGAGGGGAACGGAGGGGAACCGAGGGGACAUGCGGAGGGGACGCGCAUGGAGACAGACAGACGGAGCCACAGAGCGACAGACACGUCCACAGUGACGGAUUGAUUGACACACACACACACACACACACACACACACACGCGCGCGCAGAGUCGCACAGCCCCCGACACACAGAGAAACACACAAUUACAUGCAAAACCUGCAAACGGUAGUUUCCUCCAUCUGAAGAGCGCAGAGGAGUUCGCCUUCCAGGAUGAGGGGAUUAAGCGAGGGAGAUGACGUGUUGGCUCGCUGGAGCGAUGGACUGCUCUACCUGGGAAAUGUGAAAAGAGUGGAUGAGCUGAAACAUUGCUGCUUGGUUCGAUUUGAAGACAACUCGGAGUUCUGGGUCCUCAGAAAGGAUAUCCACUCUUUUUCUGCUGGAAUUGAGGGAGUUUGCUGUGUCUGUGAUGCUCCACCUCUCAAAGAGCCGCUCGUAAACUGUCACAAGUGUCGCCAUGGUUAUCACCCUCAGUGCCACACUCCAUCCAUUGAACUUGAAGCCUACUGCAACACCUGGAUAUGCAGACAGUGUGUUUUUGCAGUCACGACCAAGAGGGGAGGAGCCAUAAAGAGAGGUCGUUUUGCCCGCCUCAUGCAAAUCAUGAAGCUGAGAUUGACCUAUCAGCUGUCAGAUUUGGACUGGGAUCCUCAGCAUCUAACCAAUCAGCAGCAGUGCUACUGCUACUGCGCAGGUCCUGGAGAGUGGAACCUGAAGAUGCUGCAGUGCGGUGGUUGUGGUCAGUGGUUUCACGAGGCCUGUAUGCAGUGUUUGGCCAAACCGCUAUUGUACGGGGACAGGUUCUACCAGUUUGAGUGUUCAGUAUGUACAAAAGGACCGGAAACCAUUCAAAGACUGCCUAUGAGUUGGGUAGAUUUGGCUCACUUGGUGCUGUAUCACCUCUCCCUCUGCUGCAAGAGGAAAUAUUUUGAUUUCGACGAUGAAAUCCUGUCCUUCACCAAUGAAAACUGGGACUCUCUACUAUUAGGCAAGCUAUCAGACACACCCAGGCAAGACCGCUGCCAAAAUCUUCUUAACGCAUUGAACUCCCACAAAGACAGGUUUGUCUCUGGGAAAGAGAUCAAGAAGAAGAAGUGCCUAUUUGGUCUCCAGGUCCGUGCCCCUCCUCCACUGACCUCUGACCUGUCACCCAUCCUCACCAACCCGCCGAUCAGUAUCUCGCAGAGCAGAAGCCCUCUCUCAGUGCUGUGUCACAAAGGAACGGUGGAUUCGGAGCCACGGAAAACCAAGCGACGCAUCAAGGAGCCAGAGCCCCGCCCCAAAGUUGAUCAGACCAAUCAGAUCGAGCUGACGUCAUGGUGUCCGAUGAACGGAGCUAACCAUUACAGCUCAAGGAAAGCAGAGGAUGGGUUAGAACAAAGUGGAUCUCCCCCCAAGAGGAUGUUUGCGCUCUAUCACCCGUCCUGCAACGGCGCCCUGGCCCUCUCCAGGACUGUGAGCCACAACAGCUCAGAUGAACCUUGCAGUCUCCCGGCAUCCUGCCAGCCCUUCCCUCGAACGCCCGGCCACCAAGUGGCUCCGAAGACGGACCCGUGCUCCCCGUUCUUCCUGCGCGACGUGGUUUCCUGUCCCGACGGAGUCAGGGAAGAGGGGUCUACCCUGGACAGGGGCCUGGGGGGCGGGGAAGCCGUGAGGAUUUUGGCCAAACGCGUCACACCGGAAGGGAAACUGCAGUAUCUGGUGGAGUGGGGGAACGUGAGAGCGUACUGAGACGGAGAGAGAGGGGGAGAGAGAGCAGAGCAGAUGACCAGUCAGUUUGUUCUAACAGACUGUGAGAAGCUGACUCAAAGAUGUGGUGGGAGGAAAAUAAGGGAAGAUGGAUCAAAAUAGGGUCACAUGAAGGGUCACAGUGAUGGACAGUCUUGGCUCCGGCCAUGAGGACACAAGAGGAAGUACCAAACUCCACGAGGAUCUCGAGGCUCUUGGCCAAAUACAGGCUCCACCCAUCUAGAUUUGUCCUUAUUUGCUCGACUUCCUCUCGUCUUCCUUCAGAAUGUCAUAUCCAUCACGCUCCUCGCUGGUCUUAUCUUAUAUAAUUCUCCCUUCAGUCACUGCAGUACGAUCAAAAUAUUUUCAUGAUUCUUACUCACCUUCUUUUGUUAUGGUUCUUUAGGUUUUUAGCACUUAGUCAUUUGAUUACUGUGUUUCUAUUAAAUAAAUGAAAUGAUUAUGUUAUUGUUGGACAACAUUUUUACU